AUAGUACGAUUUUUAGGACGCACCGUGGAUAGCUUAACUGUAUGCAAAACAUUGACAUCAUUGUGCCAACAAAUUGGCCAAUUAUAUGACCAAUCACCGGAUGAUAUACCUAAGCACAAUGCAAAAUUAGUCAUCUAUUUUCUCCGUCUAUUAACCUUUGCCAAUCGUCGUAAGCCAUUAAUUAUACUGCUAGAUGGACUUGAUGAAUUACCUUUUAACGAAACAGAUGAUCAUCAUUUAUCCUGGCUACCGAAACAACUACCACCUUAU